AUGCCCUCCAUUGAGGCCGUCCAAUCACUUGCUGGGGCUACCCAGUCACCAAUUAAGUCUCAGAUCUUACCAAAGGCGAAAAUCAUCGUGGCAUCGCCAUCCUUGGCGAACAAUUCAGCGCUCUUAGAGUACAUGACUGGCUUCAUUAAUCGUUCCUAUCAUUCCAACUACGAUGGCUUGGUAGACACAAAGAAGCACAUUCGCACGUCUGCCUCGGAAUUAAGCCAAAAGAUCCUUAGCGGCCAAAUAGCGAUUGCGUGGAAGCCAUCUUCUGAUCCAGAUAAGGAGAUCGCUGAGGAUGUAAUUGGUUGUGUGAGCAUAGAGCUAGUUGGGCCCGGUAUGGCUGGCCUCGGCCUACUGACAUGUCACCUUGAACACCGUGGUACUAGAAUUGGCCAACAGCUUAUGGAAUUUGCAGAGGAUUGGGCGAAAAGGUUGGGGGCAGAGGAAAUGCAGCUCGAGAUUUUGGUGCCAGAUGGAUGGGAACACGAAGAAAAUCACCGCGUUGUGCGAUGGUAUGAGCGUCGUGGAUAUAAGCUACUCAGAGUUGCUGAAACUGCUGAGAUUAUUGAAUGGCUUGCGACUGUAGUUACAGGGCCAACAAAGAUGAGAAUAUACCGCAAAAAGCUUUAG